AGCGAGAGCGAAGGCACUUGGGAGAAGCCUCGCCCAGCGGCGAUAGAUUAGUCAGGCCUCAGAAAAAUGGCGUCCUCGGAGCAGGCAGAGCAGCCGAGCCAGCCAAACUCUACUCCAGGAAGUGAAAAUGUGGUACCUCGAGAGGCACUGAUUGCCACAGCAGUGAAGUUUCUACAGAAUUCCCGGGUCCGCCAGAGCCCACUUGCGACCAGGAAAACGUUCCUUAAGAAGAAAGGGCUGACGGAGGAAGAGAUCGAUCUGGCUUUCCAGCAGUCCGGCACGGCGGCUGACGAGCCUGCGUCCUUGGGCCCAGCCACACAGGUGGUUCCUGUCCAGCCCCCUCACCUCAUUUCUCAGCCAUACAGCUCUGCGGGUUCCCGAUGGAGAGAUUACAGUGCCUUGGCCGUCAUCAUGGCAGGAAUUGCAUUCGGCUUUCACCAGCUUUACAAGAAAUACCUGCACCCCCUCAUCACGGGCGGCCGAGAGGACAAGAAGCAACUGGCGAGGAUGGAGGCGAGUCUCUCGGAGCUGAGUGGCAGCGUGGCACAGACAGUGACUCAGGUGCAGGUGACGUUAGCCUCUGUCCAGGAGCUGCUGACCCAGCAGCAGCAGAAGGUCCAGGAGCUCGCCCAGGAACUGGCCGCAGCCAAGGCCACCACAUCUACCAACUGGAUCCUGGAGUCCCAGAACAUCAAUGAGCUCAAGUCGGAAAUUAACUCCUUGAAAGGGCUUCUUUUAAACCGGAGGCAGUUCCCGCCGUCCCCAUCGGCCCCGAAGAUUCCCUCCUGGCAGAUCCCGGUCAAGUCACCGUCGCCCUCCAGCCCUGCUGCCGUGAACCAUCACAGCAGCAGUGACAUCUCACCCGUCAGCAACGAGUCCGCGUCGUCCUCACCCGUGAAGGAGGGCCACAGCCCUGAGGGCUCCACGGCCACGUACCACCUGCUGGGCCCCCAGGAGGAGGGCGAGGGGCUGGUGGAUGUGAAGGGCCAGGUGAGGAUGGAGGUGCAGGGCGAGGAGGAGCAGAGGGAGGACGAGGAGGACGAGGAGGACGAGGGCGUGAGCCGCGUGGACGAGGAGGACCGCCUGGGGGUGCAGAGGGAGGACCGCCGGGGCGGGGACGGGCAGAUCAACGAGCAGGUGGACAAGCUGCGGCGGCCCGAGGGCGCCAGCAACGAGAACGAGCGGAACUAGGCCCUCGCUCGCCCCCCAGCGUGUCGCCGGCCCGGCUCCUCCAACGGCUCUGGGAGGCACCCCUGGCCCCUGCGCGGGGGGGUUGCGAUCUGUCCACCCAGCCCCCUCUCACCGUCAGCUCGGCCCUGGCCUGCCACUCAGCUCGCCCGACGGGCAGCCUUUGGCCUUGUUCUCACAGCCUCCCAGGGCACUGGAUUCUCUGGGCUGAAGCUCCCCUCAGCCGCGACUCCUGGGCAAAUGCCUUGUCCAGGGAGUGUCUGCUGAGCGUCUUAGCUAACCUAACACCGUGCAUGACAAGAGGUAGUUUGUUACCUGACUCCUGACCCUCACAGGAGGGAGAGCUGCGUGGAUGUGGUGUCUGCUGUCCCCCGUCCCCCCGUCCUGCCCCCUUCCCAGGCUCCUUCCCUCGCUUCUUGCCAGGGGCCAAGGGGUCAUGGUGUCCCAGUGGCUCCUUUGGGGCGAGGGCCUCCGGGGGCCCCCAGCCAGGUCCUGCCAACUGAUGCCAUCUGCGCGCCUGCCCCAGCCCCACCGCGCCCCUGCGUUCCUCCCAGACAAAUGAAAUCACAUCGCGCUUCUGACCGCUUGCCGCUGGCCCCGGCCUGGCUCAGUUCCUCCCCCCACGGCGGAGGUGGUUCUCAUGCCCACGCAGGAGCCAGGCAUCAGGGCCUUCCUGUCUGUCCUCCCACCCGGAAACACAUGCUCGUCUGUGCUACCAGGUAUAGGUGUCAGAAUACAAGAUACGAAUGUAUAUAAUUGUAAUAAAUACGAGUUGCCACUAUUUAA